UUUUGCAGCUUAAAGCUAUUAUAAUUAUCGAAUAUAUUUUUUUAGUUGUUUUGUCAUUGUAUAGAAAUACAAAAUUAAAGCUUAAUAAUUAAUUUACCGCGCAAUAUUUGGCUACUACUACUACUACUACUUUAUUUUACAACCAUUGAACCGUUGCUCGGUUCGUGUCUUGGGUAAGUGUUUGUGUCGAGGGUUUAGGAAACUAUACAUUGGCUUUUAUGCGUUAAGGUUCAAAUUCUUCUCUCCUUCUUUAUCUCUUUGUUGUUGUUGUGGUUAUUUAAAUUCCACAUAUGGGGAAAUGUUGAACAGUAGAUUUAGGAAUAAAAUUGAUACUAUGGAGUUGCUUGUAUGAUAGAGCGCAAUUGCAGUCGUGUUGGAUUUCAGUAACUGGAGCUCUUCCGCUGCCAUUUGUUGUGGUCUGACUUCGAGAACAUUGUACGCAAGAAGAGAAUUGAUAAAGAUGUAUUUUAUGAAGUCUCUCUUGCUGUGUUUCAAACAAGUCUCAACUGAUUUUUAUCAAAAGCGUGGAGGGCUAUACUGUGCGGUUGGCUUGCAGCAUGCCCUCAACUUCUCGUCCUUCGCUAUUAACCUUAUUGAAAGCUUUCAGCAGUUCAAGAACUAACGGUAAUGUUCUCUGACGGGGGAUUCUUGCGUGAGCUAUGAUUUCGCUGAUCAAUCAUCAAAAAUAUUUGUAAGGAGUACCAGGAAUCAGUAGUGCUAUUUCUCUACACACUGGCAAAUCGUAAUCUCUCCAUUGUUUGUUUUUUUUAACUAUGCUACUCUCUACUUUUCGAACCGGAAAUUUGAAUGAUAAUUUAAUAUAACUGUAUUUGUGAUUACGGUGUUUUGACUUAAAGACUCAUAUUUGUGACAGUUAGAAGAUAAUAAGGCAUGGAAGCAAUUAAAAACUAAUUACUAUUUUGUUAUUGCGGAAGUAUAAAUAACAACCAUGAACUCGAACGAUGCAUUAUCUGAAAUGUUGAAAAUAUUUUUUGCCGCAGUAAUACCUUUGCUUUUAACAGUAGCAGAGGCUUAUUAUCCUCCAGGUGGCCCAAAUCGAUUCGGGCCACCUCGUCCAGGUGGUCGGCCACCGGUGGCUGGAAGACCAGGUGGUCCACCUCCUUUUUCAUUCCCACCACGUCCAGGUUUCCCUGGACCAGGACCUAGACCGCCAGUACCACGACCACCACCAGUGCUACCACCGCGACCACCGCUACCACCGCGACCACAACCACAGCCACAGCUGGGUAAUCUGCGUCUCUGCACUUACACACAGUUGGCACAAGAUAAGUGUCUCUACACGCUGGCGGCGGCUGCCAACGCAUCCAUAGACCUCAAGUUGCAAUGCGUACAAGCUAGUUCCUUCGCCGCCUGCCUAAGUGCGAUCCAAAGAUCUGCGGCUCACUUGGUGGUGGCCGAUGAUCAUGAGUACAGGGCAGCACGUGCCGCCUAUUUAACAACGGUAUUGUAUGCACACGAAAACUUGACCGACUACUAUGUGGCCGUGGCGCCUAGGAACAUUACACUGGUCGAUUUGGAUGAGGCAACUAUACAGGUCAACGUGUCGAAUCCGCGGGCCUUGGAUGCUGCCGCUUAUUUCAAUCUCCAACGUGGUCAUGACAUUUGCCAGCAGUCCGUUCUUGACAAUGUUACCAUACAAAUUGUCAAUACGGCGGAAUACAAUGCCACCGAUGAUGAGAUUCUAAUUUGCGCCAAUCGCACCGUAGCCGAAUGGAGUGAUUACAGAACAUGCAACUUCGAAACGAGCUUGGAGCGUGCAGUCUUCGCCGCAAAGCCUUUGGCGGCCAGUGCUGGCUUUAGGUGUCUGGUUCAAAGUACCUUCAAUACAAUUCUGAAUAGUUUCGGUUCGGAAAACGCUACCUGGAAUUUCUUUGCCGAUUUCCAAAAUACAUCCGAUGUAAUCUUUAAGAAUUACACAAUUGGUUUUUCGCAAAGUCCCAUCAUCAGAAAUGGCAUCACUGAGCAAGUAUUUAGCCAAUUGCAUUGCAAUAACGUAACGGUGCACGAUCCUAGCGAACUGGAAUGAGUUAAUGGAAGUCUUGAACAUACAAAUAUAUACGCUCAAUAUAUACCCCGACAUAUAAAUUAAAUACAUGCAUAUACGAGUAUCACAAA